AUGGCGGCAUAUUUCGAUUUUACGGAAAAUAAAGAAUUUGAAAAUAAUAAUAAAGUUAGAGUUUAUGCGAAAGCUGCGGUAAAUAGUUGUGUUAUUACGGGAAUGGUGACUUGUGCAUUGAAGAGUAAUGAAAGAAUGGAUAUAGUGUUUGCAAAAGAAACCGUAUUGGAGCUAUUAGAGAUGACGCCAGAAGGUACUUUAAUAUCAAUAUUCGAACAACCGGUAUUUGGUACAAUAAAAGAUAUUAAAGUAUUACAUUCAAGAUUUCCGCAUCCGAUGAUGUACGAUCCAAUCGAUGGUCGUGUCCUAUCGGAAAACGAAGGGAAUUAUGACAAUCUAAGAAGAAGAAUACCGGGACAAGAUAUUUUAUUGUGUUUAAGUGAUUCGGGGAUGUUAAGUUUUCUGGCUUAUACUGAAUAUUAUAAUGAUGAAAGUAAUUCAGAUGGGACAAAAUUUGAUGGUGACUAUAAAGGAAAAGGGAAAGCUGUUACGGGUGUUGUUAAUUCAUGUGUUGAAUUAGGAAAGUUUCAAGUGAUCAAGGAGUAUUCCCUAUCCGAACCUGGAUUUGACUAUCAACAACUUGGAAGUAAAUUGUGUAUUGAUCCUACUGGAAGAUUAAUUGCGAUAUCAGCGUGGCAGAAUAAUUUUCAAUUAUUUACGGUAUAUCGUGGAUCACAACUAAAAUUUGAUACAGUUAACCAACCCAAAGAGCAUCAACAAGACAUAGUAAUUUGGCAUAUGUCAUUUAUACAUUCUAUGGAUGAUUCGCGUAUACUCUUGGCAAUGAUCGUAUUUGACGAGAAAGAACAGCGACCUAAUAUAUUGAUAUGUCAAGUUUUGGUGGCGGAUUCACCUGAAAAAUAUGUUAUUAAUUAUUAUCAAUUACGGUUAGAUGAAGAGGAUAAUACAUUUUACAAAGUUCCAUUACCGACGGAUGGAGGUGCAUUAAUGACAUCAUUUGCAUAUCCAAUGGAUGAAUCAGCGUCGAAAAGAUCAUGUUUAAUAGCGUCUCAUCCAAAACAGUAUAUUUAUGCAGGAUUCGAAGAUGGGACACUGUAUAGAAUUGAAAUUAUUGAUGAGAGAAAUAUACUAUUUUCUUUAAUACAUAAAGAAAAUGGAUUAAAUCGUAUUGGAGUUUGUAUGACCGUUUUAAGUGUUGAAGAAAGUGAAGAAUUUAUCGUUAUCGGAGGAGAUAUGAGCGAUGGAGCAGUUGUCAAAGUAUUAUCAAAUAUGGAAGAAGUGGAGAUAGCAAGUGUAAUACCUAAUUGGGCACCAAUUUUAGACUUUCAAAUGGUAGAUUUUCAUCAAGAAAGGCAUGAUGUAAUAUUCUCAUGCAGUGGACUUGGUAAAUAUGGAAGUAUACGGGAAUUACGGAGAGCGAUUGGUGUAAAUGUUGUGACAAAAGCGGAAGGAGAAUUUGAUGGAGUUACAUCAUUAUGGGGAUUAAAAAAUUCAAGUGAAGAAUUAAUGGACUCAUUUUUAGCAUUAUCGUUUGCUAAUUCUACCAGGUUAAUGUUUUUCGGAGGGGGAGAACUUUAUGAUAUCAGCGAGAGCAGUGGAUUUGACUUGGAAGUUUAUUCAUUAUGUGUUUCAAAUAUUUGUGAUGUAACAGGAAUGAAAGGAGUACUCGCACAAAUACAUCGAAAAGCUGUUAUUAUCAGUGAGCCAAGAAUUGAUGAUUCAUUAGUAGGAGAAAAUAUAUCAUUUCGAUGGAUACCACCAGAGGAUGCAGUAAUUGAGGUUGCAUCUGUAUAUCAAAAUAUGAUAAUCAUAUGUAUAUCAACUAUUAACGGAAGUGCUGUGAAGGUGUUGAGAGUUGAUAUUGAAUAUGAAAUGAAACGAGUAGAAAUAGUUCAGACAGCGGAGAUCUUAUUGGAUAGUCAACCUUGUUUCAUUAGAUGCUUUACUCCAAAUUUAAUAGUACCAAUUCCAAUGUGUAUUAUAGGAACAUUCAAACCAUGCGUAAAGUUUUUAUCAUUAGAUGUGAACGGUAACUUAUUAGAAACGUUACACGAAGAAACUUUGGAGGAUUAUUCGGUCACUAAAGUCAAUAUUCCAGAAUCUGCAUGUUUGAUUGGUUAUAAUGAAAAGUUUUACUUCUUAGCUGGGUUAAGAGAGGGAACUGUUGUAUACUUCCAAUUUUCCUGGUCAUUAGAUAAUAAACCAAUCCUUAACAGACCAAUAAUAAGACGUAUUGGAACAUUUCCAGUAAAAUUUAUUACACCACAAUCAAAUUCUAUGAAUGAAAGCCAUAAUAAUAAUAGUAUUGUAUUAGCGUUGUCUGACAGGCCAUGGCAAAUUAAACAUACUCUGCAUACUGGGUUGAGUUUUUCUUGCGUUGCUUUUGAACAUUAUGAACAUGUACAAGAAGCAGCGACGUUUAAUUGUGAUGAAACUAUUAGGCAAUCUUAUAUGAUCAUUAGCAAGGAUUGUUUAAAUUUCGUUCAAUUGAAUAAUUUAAUUAAAAAUGAUAUUAGAACAAUUAAUAUAGCCGAUACUCCACGAAGAUUAUUUUAUGAUGAAUAUAAUCAAUUGUUUAUCGUUGCUUGUACAACUGACCAAUUACCAUUUCCAACUUCUGUCCUUAAAUUGGUUGAUCCUUCAAAUGGAGAAAUUAAAUGCGAAUACAAGUUAUCCGAAUGUUCUGAAACCAUCUAUUCUAUUACCAAUCUGAGUUAUUCUACUGAGAGACAGGAAUAUCGAUGGAUUUGUGUUGGAACAGGAAUACAUGAAUCUUCCAAUGAUGCCACAGCUCCUUUACCUGGUCAUUUAAGCUCUUCUGGAAGACUCAUGAUAUUUACCAUAAAGAAGUCUUAUCAAGAAUCUGGAGUUAUCUAUGAACUAAAUAAGAUUAAAGAGAUUAAGCUUGAUGGAGUUGUUUAUGCCGUUUGUCCUUUGACUGAUAAAUAUAUUUUGGUCGGUGAAGGUAGAGUUUUAAAUAUUGUAAAAUUCAACCUAGAAGAGAAAAAAUUGAUGAAAUUGAUCAGUAAAGAAUUGAGAUGGCCGAUAAUAUCAAUAAAUUCCUGUGGAAAUAAAAUAUGUGUCGGUACACAAAAAGGAUCUUUGUCCUUCUUUGAAUUUGAUGUUGAAAAGGAAAAAAUCCAUUUCUUAAGAACAGAGAGAUCUGCUCGGUUGAUCGGGGAUUCUAUUAUGUUAAAUCAAAACUUGGCUAUCGGAACAGAUAAAUGCGGAAAUAUUUUUGGUCUAUUAUAUGAUAAAGAAAGUCCAAACAUUGAACCAUGUUUAAAACCAUUAUUUUCAUUUUAUGAAGCUGAGAUAGUACCAAGAUUGCGUAUAGGAAAUCUUGAUUAUCGUGUUGAAAAUCUUGAUACUAACGAUAACAAUGACAGUACCACUUCAACAGUUGAAGAGACAAAUUUAGAUGAAGGACAAGCAAGUGAAGGAAAUAAUGUUGACAAUGAUGAAUUUGGUUGGGACGCUGAUAAAAAUUUAAAAAACUCUGCGGCCAUUGUUGUAGGAUGUAGUUUAUUAGGUAGUGUUUUCUUAUUUAUGAGAAUAGAAUUGAAAGCGUUUAGGUUAUUAAAUGCUUUGCAAAUCGUUUUGGAAAAGUGGCCAACCACUAAACCUUGCUUAGGUAAUAAUAAUUCAACAUUUCGAUUAUCAAAUAAUACAAGGCAUAAUUCAUCGUAUCAACCUACUAAUUUAAUUAUUGAUGGAGAAAUGGUGUCACAAUUUUUACGAUUAAACAAAUAUGAACAAUGGAAAGUUGUGGAAAGUGAUUAUAAAUUAUUGAAAAUUGGUAAUGAAUUCUUGUCAGAUGAAAGUGAAGAAAUUAAGGAUGAGAAUUUCACAGAUCGUGAUAAAGAAACAUUAAGACUUGAAGAUGAGGAUGUUGAAAUGUGUGCGGUUUGCUCAGAUAUUAAUUAUGAUGAGGUUAUGAUAAUCGAACAUAAUGACGAACAUGAUGAUGUAAAAGAAGAAUUUAGUGAUGAUGUUAAAGGGAAAAUCAAAGAAAUUGUUGAUGCAUUAAAUUCUAUGCUAUCGGAAUUAAAUAUACAAGUAUCAUAA